AUGUUACGGAUCUGUAUAUUUGCAACACUAUUAUAUACGAUAGAAUGUGUUAGUUUGACGAGAACCUCACAUAAUGUAACUGCUUGGUUAACUUCUUCCGGCAAUGCACCAAUGAUUAUUCUUCAAGCCAAUCAAAUGAUUCCAUCAGCUAUUAAUUGUCAACAAAAUGGAAAAACAUACAAAGAAGGUGAAAGCUGGUAUAGAGGACAUCUUUUAUAUAAGUGUAUGAAAUUCGGUGCUUACACCAUACUCGGUUGUCGUACAAGAAAAGAUCGACCAAUGAUUAUCGGUGAAACAUAUAUUGAUGAUUUCAUCGCUCAUCAAUGCUUCGAGGAUAAUUCCAAAAUAUACUACCGAGAAUCUCCAUGUGGCAUCUUGGGACAACCAUCAUGUGUGGUCGCUUUAUUUGAUCAUAUCAAUCAAUUUGGUGAUUACCCAUCGGUGACUAUUUUCAGCAUUUAUAUAGCUGGUUUACCGCAAGGUUGGAAAAUUGUGGAUUCAAAUGGAAUUCCGAUACCAUUGAAUCGGCUUAGAGCUAUUACUUCUUAUCCGGUAAAUUCGAUACGUUUAGCUCCGGUUGUAUUGUGA